CUUCAUUUCCACAAGCUCUCAAAACUCAAAAGCCCACAGUACAUCCACCCCUUCUCCCUUUCUUCAGAUAUAAUGUCUUAUGCAGGAUACUCUUCACAUCGGCAACAUGUUUACUAUGGUGCUCAACCAUAUGAUGAGGAUUUCAGUGACAGUUAUGGUUCUCAUUACUACAGUAAUAGACAGCAAUCCUACCCACAAGUCUCUGAGCGUAACUACUACAGUAACAGUGAUCAAGAAUGUGUCGAACUUGCUGCUAAGUUCCAGCAAGUUCAACUCCCAAGCAAUGGCGGCUAUGUUCGUACUAAUAGUAAUAAGCAACAGCAUGGAAUGAUGAGUCCUUUCUUGGCGAUGUUACCAUCUGCUUUCCCAAAAGGGACUAAUCCUGAAAUUGUGAAAUGUUUUAAAAUGGUUGAUCAGGACAAGAGUGGAUUCGUUGAUGACAAGGAGCUGCAAAGGGCUCUAUCUUCUUGUAAUCAAAGCUUUAGUCUCCGUACUAUCCAUCUCAUUAUGCAGCUGCAUACUAAUAAUCCUAACACUCGCAAGAUAGGGCCUAAGGAAUUCAUUGCUGUUUAUCAGAGUCUUCAGAAUUGGAGGGAAACUUUUGAACGAUUUGAUACCGACAGAAGUGGGAAAAUUGAUUCUUGCGAGUUACAGAGGGCUCUAGGAGCGCUUGGUUUCAGGGUUUCUCCGGCCAUCAUGAAUUUGCUCAUCUCGAAGUAUGAUAAAACCGGGUACAAGAAGAAGGGCCUUGAAUAUGACAGUUUCAUAGAGUGCUGCCUCACUGUUAAGGGUCUCACGGACAAGUUCAGGGAAAACGAUAUUUCGUGUACUGGAACUGUGACUUUCACAUACGAGGAAUUCAUGAUGGUAGUUUUACCCUUUCUGAUGAUCUAAGUUACUUACUACAAGUGCUUCUGAACAAUAUUAAGCCUGUGUAACCUAUGCAUGUCACCCUUUGACAAAAGGACUACUACCAGGUUCUGUAAUAUAUAAUAUAUGGUAUUGAAUAUGAUGAGUUAAUAAACUCCACUUGUAGUAUAUGCAACAAUAGCUAAUGUAUUCGAACUUGCCAUAUCUCCAAAAUAGUGUAAGAAGAAAAUGCAAGUACUAUGGAUAAUGAUGUCAGUGUAUAUGUUCAUCCUAUAUAUAUAUAGAUCUUUAUAAUUA